ACCCACACACACGAUCCACAGCGACUUUAGGGAAAUCUCCUCAAUCUUUUCACUGGAGUACACAGAACCGACGUUUGCCGUAUUAACUUGUCGUUUUCUACCAAACUGUUACUUUAGAUAUUUUUUCUCCCUCCUCGUUUAUCCAGCCUGAGAGUUCCACGCGACCAGCGUCGUCUCUGUGAGGUGGGACUGUGUGUGCGCGCGCGUGUGUGUGUGAUGAUUUCGCUUCACAGCACUGGAACGGUCACGUUAAAAUAAGGCGUUUUUGCUGCACGGACAAACUUCUUCCGCGGCUUGAGCCAGUUUGUGGCUGUUUAUCGCGUUGGCAGAGCGUGUGAGGAGGCGGCGGCAGCGACAGAACGACACGCUGGAGCUGUGCGGGAGUCGCUGAAUAUCCAUGAGCUCCGAUUUCCAGCAUUACAGCUUCAGGAUGCCAAAUAUAGGGUUCCAGAACCUUCCUCUUAAUAUCUACAUUGUGGUGUUUGGAACAGCUAUCUUUGUCUUCAUCCUCAGCCUCCUAUUCUGCUGCUACUUAAUUAGGUUACGGCACCAGGCACAGAAAGAGCUGUAUGCAUACAAACAAGUCAUCCAGAAGGAAAAGGUCAAAGAACUAAAUUUGCAUGAGAUAUGCGCAGUGUGCUUGGAGGAGUUCAAACAGAAAGACGAGCUGGGGAUUUGUCCAUGCAAACAUGCCUUUCAUAGGAAGUGCCUGAUUAAGUGGUUGGAGGUGAGGAAGGUGUGCCCACUGUGCAACAUGCCUGUCUUACAGCUCGCACAGCAAGCCGGGGGCAUCAACCCUCCCGUGCACAUCCAGCAGCCUCUGCCUGGCAUUGAGAACCUGGUGUAGUUUAAUCAGUCCCACUCUUACCGUACACUAAUGGACACACCCCCAGCACUCACCCCCUCACCUGUACAGGUACUCUUUGACAUAUAUGUGGACAAACUGGACAAAGUGGAGUUAAUCUGCUCACAAAAAGUGUUUCUGCCUCUCACGCCACCUCUUCUACCUUGCGUUGAAUCACAAAAUGGAUCUGCUGUUAUCAAUUCUGACUGAUAAUAGAAUGUUUUUCUUUUUGCGGAUGAUGAAGAAAAGUUGAUGUGCAUUUCAGAUGAGAUGUGGUCAGUAAUACUAAUUGUAUUUAUUUAUUUAUUUUUUCCACAACCAAAGCACUUUUCUGGGAACAUAAGUUCACAACCAGAAGAGGGUACAAAACCCCCCAAAAAAGCCAA